UCGACCGUUUCUAAGGAAGCUACAAAAGACAACACACACACUCCUCAGAGCAGAACACACACGCACCAGAGAGAGAGAGGGAGAGAGAGAGAAAUGUUGAACUCUGAGUUGGUUAUUGGUUCCAUUAGAAGAAGUCCGUUGUGGGUUGCAGCUUUCUGUUUGAAGAACCUCAAGAAAUCUCAUGUCUUUGAGACUGACAUUUCCUCUUCUGUUGAAAAGAUUUUGCAAGAUAAAAUGGAUGUUGUAUCCUAUAGAGUGCUGGCCUAUCUUCUUCUUGGUGUUGUCAGAAUUUACUCAAAAAAGGUUGAAUAUCUGUUCCAUGAUUGCAAUGAGGUGCUCAUUAAAAUCAACAAAUUUGUGACCAAUACAAAAGACCAUGCACAUGUGGAAACCUUGCGUAUGUCUGUUACUAUACCAGACAGAUUUGAGUUGGAUGCUUUUGAUCUGGAUAUACUUGAAGAUGCUGAUGGAGGCCAUAUUGCUCCUCAGGAAGAAAUUACUCUUAAAGAUGUUUUGUGUAAAACUGAGGGAUUUGGGCGGCAGUUUUCUCAAGAGAAGUUUGAGGAGUUUGAUGUUGAUGAAAAUACCUGUUCUUCUGAUCACCUUAUGCUGGAAGGUGAUCAUCUGUCUCACCUGUUGAACAUGGACUUAGACGAUUGUCCUCCAAAUAGUCCAAUUAAUUUGCUGGAAAGCAGGGAUAUAUUUCAAAGCAGCAUAUUCUCUCAAAAGGAACCAAUGAAUGUUGACACUGUUCUAACAGUAGAGGGGGUAGAAAAGGAAUCUAUCUGCUUGUUUGCUCAAGAUCAACAAAUUAAUGAUCAGACAGUUCAAGAAAUUGUACUAUGUGAGGAUGAAAUACAUGAAGAAAGAAGUAGAAUCUCUCAAGAGGAAUAUAGGGAUAUUAGUAUGCUUUCUGGAACAGAAAAUGAACCUGUGUUAUUUGUUGAAGCAUUUAAUGAAUCUCAUCAAGUUGACAAUAAUAUAGCAGUGAAAGAAACAUCAAGCUCAUUAUCCCAAAUGAAUCAGGAAACUAUUGAAGUUCAGAAAGCAAGAAGUUUUCAAGAAAGUAUAGAAAGGCCUCGGGAUGAAAAAUCCUAUGGAGAAGAAUGCAUGCACCAAGGUAAAUCUUCUGCUGCCAAGGAGAUCCUUGAAGACCUCAUUGAAGGGACUGUUGAAAAGCUUAGCUUUAUUCCACCGCAGUCAAAAAAUCUUGACGUAACUCCUCAGUCCAAGUUUCAAGGUGGUUCAGUUGGAAGACCAAAAGCAGGUUCUACUACACCAGAUUUUAUGCUUAUUUCUACACCAGCUGUGAGAGAGCGUGCUCGCUCUUCAACGAAAAGAAAAAUUGUCCUUGAUGAAAUGAUUGUCCUGCCUAAUGAGGUACUUAGAAAGAGUAUACAUGAUGCAAGUGACUUAGUUUCUAACCGCAGAAAAUUCCGUUGCACUUUGCUUGCUCUACAGAGAGAAUCUCUCAUUCCUACUCUUCCUGACCGAUUAUAUGAGUCUUUGCUUCCUUGUUACUCCUCAGAGCUUCGACACCUGUUCUCUAAAAAGAAAAUGAAAAUACUAAAUUCCCUUGAGAUUGUGGAAACUCUUGAAAAGGUAGAUAUGUCAGAAUCCCAAACUGUUGGCAGUCCAGAGCAUAUAGCAACUACUCCACAAACCCCUCCUCACUGCCCAGGUUCCCUUGUAAUUGAGGAAACUCCAAGGAAGUUGGAUGUAUCUGAAUCUCAGGCUUCUGGCAGUCCAGAGCAUGUAGCAACUGCUCCACAAACCCCUCCUCUGUGCCAAAAAAUAAAAGUCAGGCCGACUGAGCACCCACAGAGAACUGAAAUUCAAAACUCAAAUAAUUUAGGACCUUCUAGUCCACAUGAAAGCAUAGAGGGAGAGCAAUCUUUUGAAAGGAAUGUAGUGCUUAAUCUGAUGGAAGAGGAGAGAAUUUCAUGUGGGACAGAGGAUUCAGAAUUAUUGGCCGGGUGGUCUGAACGAACCAGGAAAGUUGCAAGUUUCUUGGACCAGAGUUUUCUACAUGCAAGUAAAAAAAGAGAGGGGCAUGUUAUGAACUUUUCGCAAGUUUUAGGAGGACGACUCAGGAAAGAAUGUGCAAGGCUAUUUUAUGAAAUACUGGUUUUGAGCACUACAGGUUAUGUAGAUGUGCAGCAAAACAAGGCUUAUGGUGAUAUUGCAAUCAGUAAACACUCAAAAUUAGAUCAAACUUUUCGAUUUGAUAGUCUGUUAAAUGAUGUAGGUAGAUAGGAUUCUGGUAUCUUCUUUUGCAAGUUUUUCAUUUUGGUAUUAUUCUUUUUGUUUUAUUGUACAGCAUUAUUACUUGUUAUUUUAUUUUAGUAAUACUCUGCCAAAUUUGUGGAUUUUCGCCACAAAGUUCCUCUGUACAGUGAUGGUAGAGUUAGCAACUUCAAAAUUAAA